AUGCCGAAUUAUCAGGGUACAACCGCCCGUUUGAGGCGUACAUUCCACUACCCCGAGGAGGACUCAACCGACUCACAGCCAGAGGCUCUGGAUGAAGAAGAACAAGAAGACUACAUCAACCAGCUGGCUGCUGAGAAUGCUGCCCGUGAUAUCCAGUUCCGUCGCUUCCUCCUGGCCAUUCCCCUUCUCGCAACUAUCCCCUACCUCCCAGCUCUCAUAAACCCCCCUACAGCACUUCUUGCUCUCCUCAGCUUAACGUCUCUGUGUUCAACGGCAUACUUGCUACACCAUCAACCGCCCUCAUCCUCGGGAAUUCCUUUCCUUGAUACCUGGGCACGGCCCAAGACGCCGCGACCCACACGCCCACCGUCACUGUCGACGAGGGACUCUUCAGGUGUAUUUGAUGACGACGAUGGGGAUGAGACAGACGAUGUGCAUUAUGCGCCUCGCGGGCGACCACGGCAGCGCAGGAGUUCCUUCAGCUACAUCGAAACGCGGUCGCCCCUCGAAACUUACCUACCUUUUCUGAACCUAGGUCUGGGUGUUGUUUUGAUUUUGAUGGCUUGGGCAAUUGGCAGAACAAAAAGUGAAGCUGUCUGGCCUGGAAUGGGGUACUUGCCAUUAGUAGUCUAUGCGAUUAUUCUGGUUUCAAAGAUGGUUAUGGGCAGUGUCGACCCUGAGAAAGAGUUGUCGUCGCUCAAAUAUGACUACAAGGGCGCUUAA